AUGUAUUCAUAUCUAUCUAUGAUGAUAAGCAUAUGUCUAUUAUUCAUCCUAAGUCUUGUUGAUGUCUCGUCGAAUUUAUUAUUGCCUGAAUAUGAACAUUGUGAUGCACCAUUGGGUAUGGAGUCCGGCUCGAUUACUGAUAAUGAUUUAACUGCAAGUUCAACACAUGAUGUCAGUAAUGUUGGACCUCAAAUGGCAAGAGUUCGUACUGAAAUCGAAGGAGGAGCAUGGUGUCCGGACAAACCAAUUGGAGUUAAUUCAUAUGAAUAUCUAGAAAUUGAAUUACGACAAUUAUUCUUUAUAAAAGCUGUUGAAACUCAAGGUCGAUUUGGUAAUGGACAAGGAAAAGAAUAUGCAGAAUAUUAUCAAAUUCAAUAUCAACGUGAUAAUAAAUCUUCUGAUUGGAUUACUUAUCAUAGUAAAACAACAAAUAAAACAAUUAUCAAUGGAAAUAUUAACACAUAUUUACCUGAAAAACGUUUACUUUCAUCAUCAAUCUUAGCUAAACGUAUUCGAAUUGUUCCUUAUAGUCAACGAUGGCGAACAGUUUGUAUGCGAGUUGAACUUUAUGGAUGUCCAUACUAUGGUGGUGUCAUAUCGUAUAAAACUUCACCAACUCAAGAUAAAGAUAAUACAUAUGAUGGUGGUAUUGGAAAGUUAGUUGAUGGAAUUAUUGGUGAUGUUGAUAAUUCUUGGCUUAGUUGGAAUAAAUCACCUGUAUCAAUUGAAUUUCAAUUUGAUAUGUCUCGUCAUUUUAAAACAAUACAUAUUUAUACAAUGAAUAAUAAAUAUGAAUCAAUUAAAAUAAAAUUUGAUGAUAAUCCUUCAAUUAAACAUCAUAUAUCAUCAAUAGAAUCAUCAUUAUCAACUGUAUUUGUUGAUACAAUUCAAUUAAUAAACUAUGGAAAUAUGUUUAUUGGAAAACGUGUAGAAAUUUUAUUUGAAUUUAAUAUUGCACUUUUUGUAACAGAAAUUACAUUUGAUAAUGAACCAGUUAUUCUUAUUAAUACAACAUUAGAAAUAAAUAAUACAACAAAUUGUCCAAUAGUAUUAAAUAAUGAUUCAACAAAUGAAUCUACAUCAUUAACAAUAUUUACAUUUGAAUGGUUAACAAUAUUAAUUGGUUCUAUUCUUUCAUUUUGUCUUAUUCUUUUACUUAUAUUUGGAUUCUAUCGUUUUCGUCGUCAUCGUCGUCGUCAUUCACAUCAUCGUUUAAGACAAAAUAGAAACCUUUAUUAUAAAUCUUCUCAAAUGACAACAACGACAAGUGGUUCUUGUGUAUCAACAUCAAGUGAACAUGAUGGAAGUACAUUACCUAUGAAUAAAAAUAAUCAUUUAUUUACACCAAAUAAUUAUGAUGAUGUAACAAGUGAACAACAAUCAAUGGGUUCAUAUAUUUAUCCAAUAACAUCAACAACAUCAUUAUUACAAACGAGUCCACCAUCAUCAUUAUUUAAAAGUGAACAAUAUGCAGUUAUUGAUGGAAAUUAUUCACUUAGUACUUAUAAACAAUGGUCAACAAAUAAUACAUUUCAUUAUGCUUCAUCAGAUAUUGGACAAAUAGAUAAAAUUUGUCAUAAUCAACGAAUAAGUUUAUUUAAUUGUGUACUUCCUCAAGAAAGUAUUUCUUCAAAAUAUAAUCAUCAUUCAUCAACAAAAUAUCCAGUUAAUGUUGAUAAAACAAAAUUAAUUGUAUCUCGUAAAAUAUCUGAAACAAAAAAUGGUGAAAUUUAUUGUGGAAAAUAUUUUAUUGAUAAUGAAUCUAAAUGUGUUUUAAUUAAAAUUGUUAAAACAAAUUUAAUUAAUAUAUCAAGACAAACAUUUUUAACUGAACUUGAAAUUUUAUCACAUUUAAAUCAUAUUAAUCUUGCAUGUUUAUAUGCUGUUCAACUUGAUCUACUUUAUCUUGUUCAAGAACAUUCACAAUUUGGUACUUUACAAGAUUAUUUUCAUCAAAUUUCCAAUCAACAAACAAAUGAUUCAACCUUUCAAAAGAUGAACAUUUAUUUCGCUUAUCAAUUAGCAAAUGCUCUUCAAUAUUUGUCUCAUUUAAAUUUAAUUCAUUGUGACAUAGCAACACGUAAUUGUCUUUUUUAUUCGGAUUAUACGAUUAAGUUAACAGAUUGUGCAAUGGCUUUAUCACAAUAUGAACAUGAAUAUUGGCUAACAACAAAUGGACAAUUAAUACCAUUACGAUGGAUUGCACCAGAAGCAUUAACGACAAGUCCAACAAUAAAAUCGGAUGUAUAUUCAUUUGCUGUAACAUUAUGGGAACUUUGGUCACGUUGUUCAUGUUUACCAUAUAUAUCAUUAACAAAUGAAGAACUUUAUCAACGUAUUAUAUUACGACAAUUAGAAAAUAAAGAUGAUAUAUCAUUUAAUUUAUCUCUUCCACCUGAUUGUCCAAAAGAAAUUUAUGAUUUACUAUGUGAAUGUUGGCAUAUUGAUGGAACAAAACGUCCAAAUAUUGCUGAUAUUGCACUUUACUUUAGGCGACAUAUUGAUUCUUCUCGUUUAAAUACUGUGUCUUCAUGA